UCAAGUACCUUUUCCUCCAAUCUACUUGUUGGUUUAACAUGAAGAGUAUAAUGACGCGGACGCCCCACGAGUCGUCCGUCUCCUUCUCGCGGCGCCACUUCAACUGGAUAAUAGCAAGAGUGGAAGGCACCGCCAGCAGCACUGAAGACGAGGAGAUUCUCGGCCCGGCUUUCACCGCCUCCGAUGCUUACACCGAGCAGCCUCCGCCUCCUCGAACAGCGGUGGCCCGGAUCCGGUCUGCGCUGACGGCUGCGUUUUCAGGCCGACCCGCCCGCUUAGUCGUGCUCGGUCCACGGGUCGUCGGCACACUCUACGGCCCGCGGCGUGGCAACGUACGCUUUUCCUUCCAGAGGGAUCCUCGAGACAGCCCGGCACUAGUUAUCGAGCUAGAGAUUAAAACCGGAUCUCUUGUGAAGGAGAUGGCUUCUGGAAUAGUGCGGGUGGCUCUAGAGUGCGAGCGCAAGGAUGGGAAGGUGAGGCUGGUGGAAGAGCGGCAAUGGCGAGCGUAUUGCAACGGGAGGAAGUGCGGGUUGGCGGUGAGGAGGGAUUGUGGGGCCGGAGACACGCGCGUGGUACGCGCCGUUGAGCCGGUCACGAUGGGUGCCGGAGUGUUGCCGGCGGAGGAGGAGGAGGGGGAGGUGAUGUACAUGAGGGCGAGGUUCGAGAGGGUGGUGGGGUCCAAGGACUCGGAGGCAUUUUAUAUGAUUAAUCCUGAUGGGAAAGGCGGCGGGGCGGAGCUCAGCAUCUAUUUUCUCAGAGUUUAAUUUAGAGAAAAUGCAUUCAGUUAAUUUUGGUGAUUAGUGGGUAAUAAGUUUGGGUUUGGGUCUUAAUUAAUUGCCUUUUGUUUUUCAUCUUUAGUUAUUGUUGUUGUGAAACUGAGAAUUUGGGUUCACGGUGUAAGCUAGGGGAAUCAUGGAUCUGCUCAUUGGAAAAUUAUUAGGUGCGGAUAUCGGAUAUAGAGAUGCGUUCAGAUUAUUGGAUGCACUGUGUAUGCUCUUCUUAUAUUUUGCUUAGACUCUACAUAUUUGUAGAUACACAGCAAAUAGGCAGGAAAUUCUCACAACUAAAUAUUUGUUGCUUAUUUACUGCAAAUACAUAGUAUAUACGCAGUAAAUAUGAAGAACGUAGACAGAGCUUAAGCAUAAGAUACAUAGUAAUCCGGAAUAUCCUCUACAUCUGGUGUCCGCACUAAAUAAUUUUCCCUGCCCAUGAUGGUUAUAAGGAUUGGAGGAAAAAAAAUGUUCUGUAGAUGCGGUUAUCCGAUUUUAGCCAUUCAAUUUAGUUUGAAUGAUUAGAACUAAAUUCAACAAAAUUGAAUUAGAUUAUUAGGACUGGAUAGUUAUAUAUGUAAAAUUAUCCGCCCAAACGUUAAGGAUCAGAACACAAAAGAGUCAUUUGUGCUCUCUCUCUCUCUCUCUCUCUCUCUCUCUCUAUUUGCCUAUGUAACGUUUGUUCUACUUUUUGGUUAUAGUUUGUAUGGAUUUGCCCGAUGGAUUGCACGCGAAUGAUUGCGUUCUAAGUAAGUUUUAUGAAUAGGUGAAUGAACAUGGAAAUUGGACUUCAACAAAUACCUUGUGAAAGAUUGAAAUAAAAUGCU